UGGUGUGUUUCCCUUUUCCGAAUUCCCAUCAUAAUCUCCCAUUAAUCAUUCAUUCCCUUACAGAAGAGCCAUGGAGUCCAGGAGUUGGAGUGUAUUGGCUCUUCUACCCUUUCUUGCCUCCCUUGUUCUCUUCUACUUCGACAUCUCCCCAAAGCCAUCCACAAGCAAGUGCAGUCUUCAUUCUAAUAGCCAUUUUUGGAUAGCUAGCAGGCGUAUUGUGACACCCGAAGGAACUAUUUCUGGUGCAGUUGAGGUGAAUGGAGGAAGCAUCAUAUCUGUGGUUGAUGAAGUAACUUGGCGUGGAAUGGUUAAGAGUGUAGAUGUAGUUGACUACGGGGAGGCUGUUGUUAUGCCUGGUUUGAUCGACGUGCAUGCACAUCUUGAUGACCCUGGGAGGACCGAAUGGGAAGGUUUUCCUUCUGGGACACGAGCAGCCGCUGCUGGUGGCUUGACAACAUUGAUUGACAUGCCUCUUAACAGUUUCCCAUCAACAGUUUCAGAAGAAACUUUGAAGCUUAAGGUUGAGGCUGCUAGAGGGAGAAUCUAUGUUGACGUCGGUUUCUGGGGAGGUUUGGUCCCAGAAAAUGCAUUCAAUGCAAGUGCUUUGCAGAGUCUCUUAAGUGCUGGAGCCCUUGGCUUGAAGUCUUUCAUGUGCCCUUCAGGCAUCAAUGACUUUCCGAUGACAAAUUCAUCCCAUAUUAAGGAAGGACUAGCUAUGUUGGCAAAGUACAAAAGGCCUCUACUUGUACAUGCAGAAUUGGAACAAGAGCUUGAGAUUGAGUUUGACCUUAAAGAUGAUGCCAGGGAUGUUAGAUCUUACUCAACAUACCUAAAGACAAGGCCUGCAUCAUGGGAAGAAGCCGCAGUCAGAGAGCUUUUAACUAUAACAAAAGACACUAGGGAUGGUGGGUCUGCUGAGGGUGCUCAUCUCCAUAUUGUUCAUUUAUCUGAUGCAGGUUCUUCUUUACAAUUGAUUAAGGAAGCGAAAAAGAAUGGUGAUAGUGUGAGUGUCGAAACCUGCCCACAUUAUCUAGCUUUUGCAGCUGAAGAAAUCCCCUAUGGCGAUACACGUUUCAAGUGUGCUCCACCUAUCCGGGACUCAGCCAACAGAGAUGAAUUAUGGGCUGCUCUCUUGGAUGGAAGCAUAGACAUGUUAAGCUCAGACCAUUCGCCUUCUGAGCCAGCACUUAAGCUCUUAAGAGAGGGAAAUUUCUUGAAAGCAUGGGGUGGCAUAUCUUCUUUGCAGUUUGUUCUUCCUGUAACAUGGACAUAUGGGAAGAAACAUGGAGUCACUUUUGAAGAGAUGGUUUCAUGGUGGAGUGAGAAGCCUGCUAAGCUUGCUGGUCUUAACUCAAAGGGAUCAAUUGUUAGCGGCAAAGACGCAGACAUUGUAAUUUGGCAACCAGAAACAGAGUUCGAUUUGGAUGAUAAUCAUCCUAUCCACCUCAAGCAUCCUAGUAUCUCUGCAUAUUUGGGGUCGAGGCUUUCCGGGAAGGUUUUAGCGACAUUUGUAAGAGGAAAUAUUGUUUUUCGAGAGGGAAAACAUGCCCCCAAUGCUUGUGGUGUACCCAUUCUUGCAACAUAAAGUUGAACACUGCUAGAGUCACCCCAACUCUCACCCCACCUUUCACCCCGGCUUUCUAACACACAUCCAGUGGAUGUGUCUUAAAAGACGGGAUGGAAGGUGGGGUACCCCUAGUGUGGUCCUAUAAUGUCAUAAACCCAAUUAUUGCAUAUUCAAAUGAUAAUUCUUAUGGUAAAAAACUUAUUGUUAUUUU